UCAAUAAUUUAUCAAUCUUCUAAUAACUAAAAAUGGCAAAAUGUGAAAUCCUCGUGGCUUUCAUGGCCCUUGCGUGCUGUUACACUGCCACUGCAUUCGAGCCAAAACCUCUCCAAGAUUUCUGUGUUGCAGAUACUAAUAGUGCAGUUAAAGUAAAUGGUCUGGUCUGCAAGAACCCCACACAGGUCGAAGCGAAUGAUUUCUUCUUCAGCGGGCUUCACAUGGCCGGCAACACCGCCUCAACCCCGACGGGCUCCACCGUGACGCCGGUCACCGUGGCUCAAAUCCCCGGCCUAAACACCCUGGGCCUCUCACUGGCGCGCAUCGACUACGGACCAUGGGGCAUCAUUCCGCCCCACUACCACCCCAGGGCCUCUGAGAUCUUCCUGGUGAUCGAAGGGACCAUUGAGGUCGGAUUCGUGACCUCCAACCCAGAAAACCGCCUCAUUUCCAAGAUUCUUAACAAGGGUGACGUUUUCGUGUACCCAGUGGGGCUGCUUCACUUCCAGCGCAACCUCGGAAAAACAAACGCGGUGGCUAUUUCAGGAUUGAGCAGCCAGAGCCCCGGUGUGGUCACCGUGGCUAAUGCGGUGUUCGGAUCCAAUCCCGAUAUUGGGGGUGCAGUGCUUGCUAAGGCUUUCCAAGUUGACAUUAAUACUGUUUCUCAGAUACAAUCGAAGUUCUAAUUAAAUUAGAGGCCAUGAGAGGAAAAGCUAGCUAAGCCAUCCAGUGUGAUGAUGUUUAUCUUUCUGUGCAUGUGGUGUUAGUUCUUAUUUCUUAAGCUUGGAGAAUUAAUGAAUGUUUAUGUUACGUUGUU